AACUAGACUUAUAGAUGGAAUUUAGACCGAGCCUUCGGCACAUCAUGUAUCGCUGAUGGCCAAAACCAAGAAGAGGAGGCUGCUAAGUUAGCUACUUCUGUUAAAGUAUUCCACCAGGUAUCCCGAUCCACUAUCCAGGGCAGCACCUGUCGGAAGGUGCGUUUCGGCUUCGCUUCGCUUGCGUUGCCACAGCAACCGACACAUAUGAGUGGCAGUAUGUCAGCACCAGCGAGAACACUUCACCAAAGAAGGGGCCGAUCUUCGGUCAGUUUUCUGGCGCCAAACUUGUCGUUGCCGCGGAAGGCCAAGGCUGAGACUAAGUCUCCGGUGGUUGGGUUGUCUACCGCAUGUAACACCCGAUUGAUUGUGGGAGUGUUUCACGACAUACAUAAAGAUGCGACUGCAGCUGAAACGGAUGAAAGAUUACAGGCGUUUGCUAACUAUCUUAUCAAAUCCUUUGAGGACGAAUUUGCUCCGGUCAUGGAUACCGCUGACUUCCAAACCAAUCUCAAGGAGUACGUCAAACAACGUGAAAGGAACGAAGCGCCCGAGAGCAGUCCUAUGGUACCGUUAUUCAAAUCCUUCUACGACAGGAUCGUAGACCUGCCCGCUUUAGUACCAACCUGAAAAUGGUCUAUCUUCCUAUCCCCUAGCAUGCGAUAAAAAUCAGGACUCGGAGUUAUUACACUAUCGCGAACGCAGACCCAUUGUGACGAGCUGGAAGUGAAGUAUGACUAGACCACUCUGAGAUAGCGCCGCGCAUCAUACCCAGUAUACAAUGCUUGUGUUCGUAUCAAAGAUUCUGAUGUACACGCGGUCUUUGACUAAUCACGUAUGUACCAUCAGUUCCAGAUACUGAAGCCAGGCCACAGGAAAAUAUCAACUGGCAUCCCCAUCAUGUCUAGGUGAGCGACUAUUAACUUCUGCACCGUACAACUCAACGUUUGGUACGCUCGUGCAAUCCGUGCAACGGGAUGCUACGAUUCGACCUCUUGUAUACACUCGCGCCCACUGACUAUGUAGUGCUUCCAAACUCAAAAAUCGUAUUGUCGCUCUACUAGUUAUGCUACCCCAAAUCAGACUGUUGCAACUUGAUAGGCGAAUCUCAUCUCUGUGAGUAUGAGUUUCAGGCGCAGCAUAAAAUAUCUGAAAGUUGCUCUCUUCGCAGCAACGCUGAACACGAAUCGUUAAUACACCUUCGCUCCUUCAUGGGUUUCACGGUUGUAGACACCCUUGAAUCUCUACAUCAACACAUACAAAGACUGGAUUUCACAAGUGUGUAUGGGACUGCACGGACGCUGUGGUAAAGCUAGUGGACAAAGUCACCUCAAACACUGUUUCCUUCAGCUCAAUCUGCCCGGCAGCUUCAUCGUCGAAUGGUAUUUGAGUAGCUUUCCGCGCUGGGAUCAUACUUCUGGUUGUCAACUAUCCAAAUAGUAUAGUACAAGGUUUAUAAUAUAGCUCGGGAUGUAAUAUAAAUAAACGAAGUGGUCAAUAAUUAAAAUCUUGUAGUAAUAGCAAAUCUAUCGAUAUCAGGUGAAUAAUUCUGAUACACAACUUCUGAAGCUC